ACCAUCAUUGGCACAAUACAUCCUGCUGAAAGGAAGCAACUUGGGCUUAUUCAUGAUGGUUCACAGCACUGUGCUGUGAACUGUGGGCUGUAGUAAUGGUAAGAAAAAUGAAAACAAACUUCCACAAAGGUCCACAGAAAUAAUGUUGAAAAACCUCGCACAAACUCCUUCAAAGAUGACCUACCAUGCAGGUGUCUUCACUAACAGAACUGCAAAACAAGUGCGGGGGAGGGGGGCUUAAAGCAUUAAGAACAAUUGAACUAAUGUUGUGAUGCUAUUUGUUUCACACAACAUCCACAAACUGUUUAAGAAGCUAGGCAAGUCUGGGGCUCUGCUCACACAGAACAAUAUUCGGUCUCAAAUCAAGGAAGAUGGCAGAGCACUGGUACUAUUUUUAAAAACGCAGAGGUUCUAAACAGUUCUAACUGCUACAGAGCAGCCAGUAAUAUCGCUACUUGAUGGAACGAAGCAGAAUAAAGGGUUGGAGUCAAAAUGGAGGACGUGUAUGAUGAAACAAACCCAAAUGUUAAUAUUUCCAAUGAAAGACGUGCACUGAGGGUGAUGUAUAACAUCGAAAGAAAAGUAUACAAUGAAGAAGAAUUCCAAAAAGAUCAUGACAAAAAGAUUUAUUCUCAACCCAAUAAGGAUUUUGAGAGCCCUCCAACUGGACGAAAAAUCCAAUGCAGAUUUUCUUGUACACGAUUCAGGAAGCUACUUAUCAAGAUGUUUCCCAUUCUAAAUUGGGUUUGUUCCUACCGUGUCAAAGAAUGGAUUCUAGGAGAUAUACAUGCUGGCAUAAAUGUUGGGAUGGUGCAGAUUUUUCAAGGACUAUCAGGAAUAUUGUUAACUGGAUUACCGCUGCCAGUUGUCAAUAGUUUUUAUUCUGCAUUUUGCUGCUCUUUAACAUAUGUCAUAUUUGGAACAUCACGCCACAUGUCCAUUGGAUCUUUCAGCAUUUUGAAUGCAAUGGUGGCAAACUUUCACAGCAACCUUAAUUUCAAUGUCAGAUUGUCCAGUAAUGCCAGUCUGGCCAAUUUUUCUGAUGAAACUUUUAUGAAAAAUUAUAUGGAGGCAUUAACUCACACUGCUUCUACAACAUUUUUGGUUGGCAUGAUUCAGAUCCUUUUAGGCGUUUUUGGCUUAGGAUUCGUCACAAUGUAUAUAUCGGAAAGUCUCAUGAAUGCUUACCUUACGGCAGCAGCACUGCAUGUGAUGAUAUCCCAGUUUUCCUUCAUCUUUGGAAUAGUAAUUGACUUUCAUUCAGGCCCAUUGGCAUUUUUUUAUAACUUGGUAUAUUACUGCAUGGGUCUCCCAAAAGCCAAUUCUACCAGUAUAUUGCUGUUCCUGCUUUCUUUACUAAUGCUGAGGGUCAGUAGAUGUAUUAAGAUAACUUACAAACACUAUCCUGUUGAGUUUCCUAUGGAACUUAUUUUGAUUAUUGUAUUUACCAUACUUUCAACCCAAACACGACUGUAUGCUGAAUCUAGUAAAGGAGUAUUUACAAUGGCCCCCCACAGCUUUCUGCAUCCUACAUUACCUGAUUUUUCAAGAUGGAGUAAGAUUGCAUUACAUGCUUCAUCCUUGGCCAUAGUGAGCUAUUUUCUUCUUAUUUUUGUGGGAAAGAAGUAUGCAGAUAUUCAUAACUAUCACAUCAGACACACCCAGGAUUUAAUGGCAGUUGGGCUGUGCAACAUCUUCAGUUCAUUUUUUAAGAGUUUUGUUGUUAGCUGUGCUCUUUCUACAACUGUUAUUCAGGAAAAGAUGGGUGGAAAAACUCAGCUUGCAGCCCUGAUUGGAGUUUCCUUAAUGCUUGGAGCCGUGCUAAAAUUAGGAUACUACUUCCAGUCCCUUCCUAAUGCUGUUUUGGCAGCUGUUGUACUGGUCAACAUGUUCCCAUUUCUUGAGAAAUUUAUGGAUAUCCCUUUCUUGUGGAGGCAAGAUAAAUACGAUUUUGGAAUUUGGAUCGUGACCUUUCUGGCGGUACUCUGUCUCGGUCUGGAUAUUGGCUUAGGAAUUGCUAUGGGAUUUGCAUUUUUUGUAAUAAGUGUCAGGUCACAGAGAAUGAAGAUUUUGACUUUGGGUCAGAUUCCGAACACCAAUAUUUAUCGUAGUUUUUCUGAUUUCAGUGAGGCCAUAGAGAUUCAGGGGGUGAAAAUAUUCCAGUGCUGUGCCUCCAUUUCGUAUGCAAAUAUGAAACAUUUCAAAGCCUUUAUUUUGCAUAAGAUGGAUAUGAAAGCAGUACCACUUGAUGAGCAGGAAAUGAGAGAGCUGAUCUCAGUCAGCAUGUCUAGUGUUAAAGGACAGAACAAGGAUUUUAAUUUUGCUUGUGUUUGCGACCCCCCAGAACCAUUACCCAGGGUUCCUUAUACAGAGAAACUUAUAAGGCGAAAUCAUACAGCUGAUGAGUCAUUCUCUUCUUCUUCUUUGGCCUUGGUACGUUGGACAAGAUAUGAGAAUAGACACCCCUCUGAUGCUCAGUACUUCCCAAAUAUCAUAGAAAGGGCAACAGAGCAUGAAUAUGUAGAGAGGAAAGAAGAUCUGAACAAAUUUUGGUCUUGCUCAGACCCUCCUUUAACAAGAUCCACAACUCAAUUAUACCCACUCGAUUCACAGUCUGCAACAUGCAUGAUCCAUACCAUUAUUUUAGACUUCAGCAUGGUGCACUUCGUUGACUUACAAGCAUCCAAUUUAUUACGGGAGCUCUGUCACGUGUUUCAGAAUAUUGGUAUCACAAUUCUGAUUGCUGCAUGUCAUCCCACUGUAAUACGAACUUUUGAAAAGACAGAUUUUUUUGACCAGUGUUUUACUAAAGCACGCUUUUUUCCAACACUACAUGAUGCAGUACUCUUUGCUGUAGAACAGAAACUCUUGGGAGAGACUGUACCUGUUCAGACCAACAAUAUACUGCCUGAGGAAGUGUUCGCUGAGAUGUAUUUAGAAGACCAAAAGGAUAGAAGGAGCCAACAGUCAGGAAGAAGUCAGCAGUCGGGCCGGAGAAGUCUACAGCUAAAUGGGAUCAGAGAUACUACUUUAGUUAAAACAGACCAGAAUGAAACUUAUAUUGAUGAGCCUAUAUCAGAUCUUUUCCGCGCAUCUUCUCUCCAAAAUGACACAGAGACGGUGCCUCACCACCAUCUGGAAGCACCUGGCCUUGAGGAAAAUGAAGAUGAGAACAAUUGGGAAGCGAAAUGGAAAUAUACUAGUGAUGUAUAAAUUAUAAGAGCUAUUGUUAUAACCUGCAUAAAAAGUGAGACAGAUGUGAUCAACCUGAAGCAGUUCCUAUUUGCAUAUUUCUGCUUUUGACAUUUACAUUAAUGCUGUUAAAAUACAUAACCAUUAUUUUGUUGACUUUACUGAGAGAAAUGCUGCAGACUUUAUAGGACUAGUCAGAAAUACAUGCAAUACAGAAAACCCCUUUUUUAGAAAUUAUAGACUUUUGAUUAGAAUUGGUUCUAAAACUUGAGAAUACUUAAAAGUUGCUUAACUUUCAAAGCUUUAAUUUCCUUUUUAAUGUUUUUUUCCUGCUUUUCCCCAUCUUCAAAGUCACUCUCCUUUCCUGAGGCAUCACAUCCUAGAUUGCUCUGUCUCAGGCAGCAAAAUAUCUUGGUCUGGCCCUUUGUAGGAAAUUCUGUCUUUUAAACAUAGCAGGCAAAAUCCUGUUAUGUAAAGUUACAACAGUGUAAACAAAACCCAGUGCUGGAAAUAAUUCAUUUAAAUAAAUCAAAAGCUUCACAUCCCCCUUGUUUUAGGCCCUGAGGCUUCCUAUGGCUACCUUUUGUCUUGGGGAAGCCUUUGGGAGUCUCAGGACAAGGGGAGCCCUUUAUGGUCAGAAAUUGGUACCAGAUUGUUAGUGGCAGUCCUGAUCCCAGCAGCAGUGAUUUGACCCCAAGGUUUGACCCCACCAUCCUGAAGUUCCCAAAGGCUUCCCUAGGGGAAAAGGGAGCUCUUGGGUACUUGAAACAAGGGGAUAGGAAGUAUGCUGGUGUAACUUUGUGCCCAAUGAAUUUCUUUUGCCUCUUUUUUGUUGUUGUGCCCAUGUAAGUGCUACUCUCCUAAUAUCA